UACGGACGCGCUGCGCACGCGCACGCCACUCGCAAGAUGUCCUUAGUCGAAGGUGCCUCAGACACCGAACACAGGCCCGACGAGAGCAGAGAGAGCCCUAAGAAAAAGGAUAAGCCCAGAGGAUCCGUACAAAUGUCUGAGCCGUAUAUGUGGAAGGAGCAGAUCCACACGCUGAUGAAGGGCGCGGACAGCGAGUCCGACAUCUCGGACUCCGAACACUUCCUCACCAAAGGCGCAUUCCUGCUGACGCCUUCACACGGCCUCAGUAUGGAGAAGGCCUCCACCAUCUGCGAGAAGAUGGAGUUCAAAGGGUGCUUCUCCUUGACCAAAACCGCUACUGGAAUACUCUUCAAGUUCUCCAGCGUGGAUGAUUACCAGAUGGUUUUCAAGAAGGGGUUCCAUAAGGUUACUGGGUCGAGGUUUUAUAGAAAGAUCGCCAUCCCCUGUCGUCCUCAGAAGACAUUUACAGUAUACGUGUACGACAUUCCUGACGAUAUCCCUGAGGAGGACGUCCGCCAUGCUCUCUACAAGUUUACCUCAAUCGUAGAAGUGGUUCGUCUCAACUUUGCUGGAUCGCCGCGAGAGGGAAACACUGGCACCUCAACCCCAAAACCAUUAGAAAAGACACCGCCUCGAGCAAUCGCCAGUAUCGAUGGUGAACUGGUCAGCAGUAUGGUGCCCAAAGAAGCAUCCAGUGUGAUUCGCGUCACGUUAGCCAACAUCGAGGAGGCAAAUAUCCUUCUGCAGAACGGUCUCGACUUCUAUGGAGCUACGUACUUCCCUACUGAGCUUGCUACACCGGCGCAAGCUGCCAAGUUGAUUAAACCUAGCAGAGCCUAUUCUUCCAGGGUGACGGGCGGUACUGUGUCGGCAAGGGUGAGGGAUCUCCUGCCAGUCUUCGAUCAGCAAGCUUUCGCAAAGUUCGCGCCGCCCGCCUCUAGACUGGUUAAACCCCCACGGAAGUAAUUUAUAAUAAUCAGUGUAACGUAGAUUUAUAGCUCGUUCACACAGGCUGCGUAAGCGUAGACGUAGCGCGUACCAUUGUGUUGUAAAGUAUGGAACUGUAUGAAACAUGGCACACUGCUUGCGUAAAGCAAGUAGUUAGGAGUUUACGCGCGUCACUAUGCACGUGUCACAUGUACGCAAUUGGUGUGAAUCGGCCUUUAAGCUUAAAAUAUUUUCACAUAAUUAUAUAUAGGUAUAGAGAGACACAACAAACAUACCUAACCUUACCUUUGUUAGUUUUAAGUGUAAGAACCAUUUUAAAUUAUAGAUUAAACUAAAGAAGCACGUCUAAUCAUUG